AAUUGAAAAAUGUUGCUGCCUCAGUGUGUGAGAGUUCUACCCCGGUUCCAAUCGAUCAGAAAUAUCAAUAAAAUUUACACAAAUAGAUCCUGGUUAUCAACUAGCAGUUGCUUGGGUAACCAACCCAUACCUCUUCCUUCAACUCAAGAUAAUAAAGUGUUUCCUGAGAAGAUAGUUCGUCUAGUUGAUGAUAUCUCUCAACUAAACCUACUGGAGGUUGCAGAUCUUAACUCCCUUCUCAAAACUAGAUUAAAUAUAUCAGAUGCUCCGGUAAUGAUGGCAGGAGCUCCCGCAGCUGCUUCUGCUCCUAAAGAGAGAAGAAUGCUGGGUCAGGGUUUAGCCUUGGAUCAGAGUUCUACUAGAGCUGGAAAGAAAAGACAGAAACCAGUCAGACAACCCGCCAAGGUCUCUAGUCUAGCUCAUGAUAUUGAGACUAAGGCUAGGACGGAGGAUGUUAUGAAUAUGGAUACCAGGGGCAAGGAGUUCUCAGCUCUUAUGCUCUCAGAACCUGUACUCAAGGGGCUUCGUGAGUCUGGAUUUGUGCAUCCAAGUCCUAUCCAACUAGCUGCACUACCUAACAGUAAGAUUGGACUCGAUAUGAUUGUACAGUCUAAAUCUGGGACAGGGAAAACGUGUGUUUACGUUGUCACUGCACUGGAGAUGAUCAGGAGUGAUCUACCUGGACUUCAAGUAUUAGUAAUCGCUCCAACUAGAGAAAUCGCGAUGCAAGGUGUAGAAGUUGCUUCUCAGAUCGGUUCUUCUCUCCCUCAUGUGAAGAUAUCGUCAUUUAUCGGAGGUCUACCGGUUUCCGAGGACCGAGUGAAGGCCCAGUGCUGUCAUCUUGCUGUAGGAACACCUGGUCGUCUUAAACAGAUCCUUGACGAGGGAAUCCUGAACCCUGAUACGGUUCGGCUGGUUAUUCUCGACGAGGCGGAUAAACUCUUGGAGCCAAGUUUUCUUAAAGAUACAACUCAUAUUCUAAACCUUCUGCCUCAGAACAAACAGGUUCUGGCGCUCUCCGCCACCUAUCCGGAGGAGUUAUCCAACCUUGCAGAGAAGUUUAUGAGGUCACCUCAGCAUGUUAGGUUGGGUAAGGAGAACCAGGUUCUUCAUGGAGUGGCUCAGUUUGUUUUAGAGUUGGAGCAAUCUCCCUCUAAACCGCGGCAAAAUCAGAUCAAGCAGGAAGCACUUCUUAAAAUUCUCUCAUCGAUUCCUUACAAUCAGUGCCUUGUCUUCUCAAACUUUCAAGUCAUCGCACAGUCAACCGCAGAUUUUCUAAAUUCUCGUGGAUUUCCUUCAAUAUUCAUUUCUGCGGGACAAGACCAAAUUCGCAGAAUCCAAGCAAUACAAACCUUUAAAACCUUCAAGUGUCGGAUUCUAUGUUCAACAGACCUAACUGCACGAGGCAUUGAUGCUGAGAAUGUAAAUCUUGUGAUAAACCUUGAUGUACCAGAUGAUCAUAAUACCUAUCUACAUAGAAUAGGACGAGGAGGAAGGUUCGGUUCAAAUUCUAUUGCAAUUUCUCUGGCCCCAGAAGGAAGAGAUAUGAAGAGAUUAAAAAAGAUUGUCAGUUUGACUGAUUCUUCAAUACGUAUUCUACCAACAAUCCUUCCCAAGAAUGUGAGGAAUGAGGUGUUACCAAUCCUGAAAGGGUUAUCUGAAACCGAACUCCAAGAAGCUGCAGAGGAAAGUAAAUCGGAGAAAUCUAGUAGGGAAGUCAAACUUAGCGAGGACCCGGAUCAGUCCCACACAGAGAAGAGUCCUAAGCCCAAGACGGGGAACAAGAUUAAGAGAAGAGGUAAGAAACAUUCCUCAUCUCCUGCCGUUGAUAGCGCAGAUCUUAAGGAAGAAAGUGGAGUAACGAAACCUGAUUAUGUUAAACUACUUGAUACAAUGCUAACCGGUCCUGUGGAUCCAACCAUAUCAUUGAAGAAUUAUACAGAACUCCAGAAUAUUGCUAGAAACCUUGGUUCCUCCUCCCUGCUCCGACCAGAGUCACGGUCUCCGGGCCUUAGUCUUGAGGCAAAGAAGAAAGUUGUGAACCAUUUCUCCGAGGUUGUCCAGUGUAGGACGGACAGGGUUAACGAACAGAUUUCAAAAUGUAAAACUAACUUGAAUUAUAGAUCAGUGACGGAUAUUUUGCAACAAGUUCAGACUGAUUGGAAACCGGAAACUCUUAAUGUUGUUUCCGGAUCUGAGUCCAAUAGCUCCGAAUGUUCUUCCUCUGAAAGCGCGGAUUCGACCAGUGAGAGUUCAGAUUCAGAUUCAAUUUCUAGUGAUGAUGAUGAGAUCAACCCAGCAUUUAAACCCAACCCAACCUUUCCUCCAAACCUUGGAGUCAAUCUGCCUAGUGUAAACCUAACCCCUGAGCAGGAUUCAUAUCUCCGAUCCUGGAUGCAGACUGUUGAACGACAAAGACAGAUAAUCCAGAGCCGUGAGUACUGGAGAGUGUUUGAACACUACCAGAGAAGAAAUUGAACCUGAUACAUGUUUCAG